AUGGAUGAUCACCUGAAGGUCCUUGUUGCUUCGCCAUCCGUGUCCCUAUGCGUACAGCCCGUGCCUCCUAACAAUGGUGGAGCUGUUCAGUGUGAUGCGUCGUUGGAAUCUCGGUGCCCGGUGGUGCCUAGCAGAAUGAGUGCUACGGUCUGUCAAACGCCGACAUUCGUGAUGAAUCCAUCCGUGUUUGCCCAAGGCUUGUUUGGCCUGACAACCACCGCAAAUGUUUUCCACAGCGUGUGGCGAGACCAUGCACUUCAUAUACAAAGAGUAGUAGAAAUGCGGUUGUUCGGGAGACGAAGGGAAAACGGAGGGCUGACAGAUGACCUGCGCUUCGGACUACAAGAAAUAGUCGCUAAUUAA